AUGGCGAGUGCUCAGGCUGCAGCUUCAUCCUCAGGAGGUGCAGACGAAGUUCCACCAGCUGGGAAUUCUGCGUCUGCAUCAAACCCUAAGAUGAGAAAGAGGACGAAGACUGGCUGCCUCACCUGUAGAAAACGACGUAUAAAGUGUGGUGAAGAGAGACCUACCUGCGCAAACUGCAUCAAGUCCAAACGCCAGUGCGAAGGAUACAACCAGAGAGUCAUUUUCAAGCCACCCAUGGGAGACUGGCCAAAUCACCCUGGGGUAGUCAGUACCAUACAAUAUCACACUUCGAUGCUACCAGGCACACGCAAUCAACCAUAUCGAGGACCAGAGCCAAGUGCCCCCAUACCAGAAACAACCCUCACCUCGAUCCAGCCACGACCGAUUGGCAACUUCGACUUCCAACAUGUCGACCCACAGCCAGGUGCUGGGCCACCACCACCACCACCACCACAAUCGUUUGUUGGCGGUAAUCUCAACUAUACCCACGAACAGACGUAUCAGCCACCUCUACACUCACCACCUCACCAACAACCGCUCAUAUCUCCUCACCACCAAGCACACGCCCACCCAUCGACCGUAUCAUACUUUCCCCAGCAAUCCCCUGUGCACAUAAGCCCGUCGGAGCAGCUUAGCCAGGGACCCAGCACAAGCUCCCAACAACCAUUACCAUACAAUUCCGGCUCUUCAUAUCCACCCGUCUCUGUUCCAUAUAGCAGUGAUCACGAAUUGAAGCCAGUGGGCCCUCAGCCUCUUUCUGGCCAACAGGCGUAUUCACACGCAUAUCGAUCGGAUAGCCUGCAAGAUCCUGACAAUGCUUACCAACAGCAAUCUAGUGUUUCGCCACAGAGCGAUCAGUUUGCUCAAAACGCGGAGGCAAGGCCGGGUUUUCAGCGAUUUAACAGUCUUCCCCACGUUGCUCUCCACUCGUCACAAUCUGAAGGUUAUAAUUUUCAACCGGCGAUUUCACACACUGACUUUAGCUAUCCAAAUUACUCUUCCGUUCCGUUGCCUUAUGAUAUGAAUCAGGAUGUAAAGCAUAUGCCACAGCCUGUUCUCGAAGAGGUUACACACAUACCAAAACCCCCAGGAUCCCACCCACAACUGCUUCUUAGCGGAUUCGGUGGCGAAGAUCAUGCUAGCCCUACACAAGUGCUCGACGAAGCGGCAGUAGAAUAUGAGGACGAUGAUUACUGGGAUGUUCAUUCAGAUGAAGAUAUGAUUGAUGCAGAGACUGGGGAGGACGAGAAUGCACUGCUCACGAGCCAGGAAUUCAGCGCUAUCCGGCGUAUACAUUUGGAGAACUCCAACGAGCUAGGCAUUCGACGCUACGAUGCCUUUUUAUAUGACGGCCUUCUGUCACACUACAAGCCUGAAUAUGCGGCAAGUCCCUUGCGCAACCCAAAGACAGCUCGAGUGUUUGCACAUUUCAUUCAUGUGACAGCACCAACAUUAUCGAUUUUUGAACGAAACCCAAGAGACCCGACUUUGAUAUUCGAAGGCGCAACGCCACCAUCUCAGCAAGGACUGUGGACUUACAAACUCCCCUUGAAGGCUUUGAACCACCAGGGCUUGUUACAUGCAAUGCUGGCACUUGCCAGUCUGCACAUUGCACGAUUGCAAGGAGCUUCAGUCACGCCAUCCUACAAGCAUUACGCAUACUCGCUCAAACGCCUUGUUCGUUCGCUCUCACACCCGACAAAACGUCUAUCCAUGCUCACGCUGGCCAACUCCUUACUUCUGGCAUGGUAUGAGGUAUGGACGGCAGAACACGUUAAGUGGGGUACGCAUGUUGUCGGCGCUCAACAGCUCAUUACUGAGCUCGACUUCCGCUCCCUUACUCGCGAGGCACGACGAAUGCAGGCUGCACAAACUGCAAUGGAGCGGCAAUUCCCCUACCAGAACCCAACGAUGCUUAUCGAUCAAAGACAGUUCGACCUGAAAUUGAAAGAGAGUUCACUCAUGCCAGAUCAAAAUCUGGUGAGCACUAUUGUUGGAAGCAGAGUCAACUACGAUGACUUUGGUAUGGUUUUCGAGGACGAUGGGGCAAGAUAUGACACGAAGCCAAGUAUUACCGGUGGACUGGAUCUAAACACCUAUGCAACUCUUCAAGAUCUGUUUUGGUCGUUUGCUAGACAUGAUGUUUUCCAGAGCAUCAUAAGCGGAAGUCCUCUUAUUCACCCUUAUCGUAAAUGGUCUGAUUGCCCCCCAAGAUCCCCACUCGGCCGACUCGAUGCUCUAUACGGCAGUCACGAUCAUCUUCUACUCCUUCUAGGCCGCGUUGCAGACUUCACUGUCAAAGACAGAGCACGAAAGGUUCGACAAGUCGAAGCGGAUGGUGGCUGGCGACCUCGACCUGGCAUUCCUGGCCCACCACCAGGAUGGAAAGGGCCACCCCCUCCAGGUUUUGGCCCGUCUGGACCCUCUCAAGGUCCACCCUCUCAAGCAGGUCCGCCUCCUUCAGGCAUGCCCAGCUUCUAUGGAAUGGCCCCAGCACCAACCUUAGCACCACAAAUUUCCGGUUACGAGAAUCCAAACUUCAAACGUCCAAAGCAAACACCAGACGUGCCUGAACCAAAAUAUGAUGAUCUGUCUGCUGCCUACGUCAAUGCAGUUGCGGAAUGGGAAAGUAUUUGCGAGGCACAUGCAGCAGUUGAGCAAGUGUUUCAGAACACAGAAGGUUUUGCUCCUUUGCCGGAGGAUAUCUACCCACCGCCUCCGGGAGAAAGACAACACGCGCAGAGUAACAUGACGCCUUUUGGGAAAGCCAUUUCCCAUCGAAGUUAUGACAUAUCCAUCUUGUGGACACUCCUCUACCUUGCUAAGAUCAUUCUCUUACGUUCCCACCCUGGCAUGCCUCCAGCAGCGCAAAUGGCAGCGGGAGUUUGCGCAGCUGCUACUGCGCCAUACUGUACUCUCAUCGGCCGUAUCACAGCCGGAUUCCAAAUUCCCAUCUCUGAGGACCUUUCUCCCUUCCUUGGUGCCAUAUUCACAGAGGCAACCAUGUCCAUGUUCUUCGCCGGUGUCACCUACAAGGAACCCCAUCAACGGGAGUGGCUCAUCACACGCUUGUUGGAGAUUGAGCGAAGGAUAGGCUGGGCCAGUGCGGGCAUGAUUGCUAAGGGAUGCGAGUCGGUAUGGGAGCAACAGGCCAAGAUGAAGAGGGGGCCACCCUAUGUGAGGAGGACAAAGCGAACCAUGAGGUUUAAGGAGGAAGAGGGAUACGUUGAGGAUCCAGAGUAUACCAAUCCGCGUGGUCCGGAUGGUCCUAACAGUGAUGAGAGAAGGAAAUGGGUGAGGGAUGAUUCGCAAAAAGAGACAAGGUUUGUGUUCAAGAAUAGGCUACCUCCUUGGGCUAUGAAUUUGUUGAGUACAGAGGAGGAUCUGAGAGUAGGAUUGGAGAGGGUUGGAUUAUGA